AUGGCAGACGGACACCGGACCGAUAAAAAUAUUGAGAUAUGGAAGAUCAAGAAGCUGAUUAAAGCACUUGACGCUGCUAGAGGCAAUGGAACCAGCAUGAUAUCUCUCAUAAUGCCUCCACGCGAUCAAGUAUCUAGGGUUACGAAGAUGUUGGGCGAUGAAUUUGGAACUGCUUCAAAUAUCAAAAGCAGAGUCAACCGUCAAUCUGUGUUGGGUGCAAUCACUUCUGCUCAGCAGAGGCUCAAACUUUAUAGUAAGGUUCCUCCCAAUGGACUUGUGCUCUACACAGGAACAAUUGUGACUGAAGAUGGGAAGGAGAAGAAAGUCACAAUUGAUUUUGAGCCUUUCAAGCCUAUAAAUGCAUCGCUCUAUCUCUGUGACAACAAGUUUCACACAGAAGCACUGAAUGAACUUUUGGAAUCAGAUGAUAAGUUUGGUUUUAUUGUAAUGGAUGGUAAUGGGACUCUUUUUGGAACAUUAAGUGGUAAUACCAGAGAGGUUCUUCAUAAGUUCAGUGUUGAUCUUCCAAAGAAGCAUGGGAGAGGAGGACAAUCAGCUCUUCGUUUUGCUCGACUUCGAAUGGAAAAGCGGCACAACUAUGUGAGGAAGACGGCUGAACUUGCCACUCAGUUUUUUAUCAAUCCUGCCACCAGCCAGCCUAAUGUUGCUGGAUUAGUACUGGCUGGAUCAGCUGAUUUCAAAACUGAGUUGAGUCAAUCAGAUAUGUUUGAUCAGCGGCUUCAGGCUAAGAUUCUGAAUGUGGUUGAUGUGUCCUAUGGAGGAGAGAAUGGUUUUAACCAGGCAAUUAUGCUUUCAUCAGAAAUCCUGUCGAAUGUGAAAUUCAUACAGGAGAAGCGCUUACUAGGAAAAUACUUUGAGGAAAUCAGUCAAGAUACAGGGAAAUAUGUAUUCGGUGUCGAUGACACAUUGAAGGCUUUGGAGAUGGGAGCUGUUGAGAUCCUUAUUGUGUGGGAAAAUUUGGACAUCAACAGGUAUGUGCUGAAGAACAGCAGUACUAGUGAAAUUGUCAUAAAACAUUUGAACAAGGAGCAGGAAGAUAAUCAGAGCAACUUCCAUGAUUCAGCCAGCUCUGCUGAUUUGGAGGUUCACGAGAAGAUGCCACUUUUAGAGUGGUUAGCUGAUGAAUACAGGCGGUUUGGUUGUAAUCUUGAGUUUGUUACCAACAAAUCAGAGGAGGGUUCUCAGUUCUGCCGGGGGUUUGGCGGGAUUGGAGGCAUCCUUCGAUACCAGCUUGACAUGAGAUCAUUUGAUGAACUUUCUGAUGAUGGAGAAGUCUAUGAUGAUUCUGAAUAGCAAUCAAUCAACUCUACCCCAUUACCGGUGCAAGAUGAUGGGGUUACACACAAAACUUGCACCAGCGCACGAGCUGUCGCGCAUAAUACUGCUGCUCAGAAUGCCCCAAAAGUUUCCCAUACUUCUAAAUAAGCAGGCUUUAUGUGGUGAUGUUGCAUGGGUGGAAUGAUGGAGCAGCUAAAAUGGUUUGAAGGCAUAGCUGGAAAGAUUCUUUGAACUUGCUGGGAAUUGGAUGGAGCUUCCUUUCUACUGUCUUGAACCAGGGCCUUGCAUAUAUUAAGUCUGGAACUUGUUACUCAUAUGUUUGUGGUUUAACAUUGCCUUGGUUACAAGGCUGUGGUUGUCCGGAGCUAUUAGGAUAGUGUUAUGCCCUAGUUGGCUUUGAUUGAAGGACUGGCUUGCCUUAUUUUAUGCUACAGGUGGCUUAUCUCCUGGACGUUGUAAU